AUGUCUAGCUCUCGGCCUUCAAAAAGGCAGCGAAUCUGCCGGGCGUGCGAUCAAUGUCGUCGACGCAAGUCCAAAUGUGACGGGGAACAGCCGAGUUGCGCGAUCUGCCGCGGGGCUGGUCGAACUUGCACUUAUCAAAACGGCGGUGGGCGACGAGGGCUGCCUCCUGGAUAUGUCCGAAGCCUGGAGACAGUACUUGGAAUUAUUAUCCAACAUGUUCCGAACAGCGAGAACGCAGUCCAUGAUAUUCUGUCCAAAUCAAGAAACAAUAGCGACUUCUUCGCAACUGAUCCCGCAAAGAUAUGGCGAAAGUCUCGACUGGCCAAGGAAAUACCGAAACUCCUUGACCAUGACUUCCAGGAGGAUUCGAUGAUAACUCUUCCCGACGAGUCUGAGUGGGACAAUCUUGAGAUGACGAAUACACCAGGCACGUUUCUUGCUGAUACUAGGCCUACAAGCUCGAGACUGGAUGAACUCGUGCGGCAGCCUACCCCAAGGAUCGAGCUCAGAACGAUAGAAUGCGUUGAUUCAUCAUUCCCGGUGGAUACAAUCGACAUGCUGCAAACAUACUUCACGCAUACGCAUUGCUGGUUUCCGAUUUUAGAACGACAUGAUUUGUUUAGGGCAAUGCACACUGGAUCCACACCAGGACUAGUCCAUGAUAAUGGAUCAUGCUUAGCCCUCUGGGCAGUCGUGGCAUUUCAAUCAUGCAUGGAGAAUGAUAGCGAUGCUCUGAAGCCAAAUACCGUGCAGAUCGAGCAAUCAAUCCACUCGCGGAUCAUGGUGGAAUCGUCAGACUUGAAACUAGGCCAUGUUCAAGCUUUGGUAAUUCUAGUACUUCUCCGGUUAAAGCUUGGGGAUAUUCAACAUGCGUGGAGGCUAGUUGGCUUGGCUUCCAGGAUGCUGGGGACAUUGCCCACAGCCUCCAAGAAAAGCCGCUACUGCCAUACCUUCCAUGGGUGUGUCCUUCUCGACAACAUUUUAUCUGCCCUUAUGGACAAGUCGCCUUCUUUUUCCUUACGAGAGCAAGAGGAAGAAGGCCCAGUAAAGAAAGACAGCAUGGAGGAAUGGGACGUUUGGUCAUCACCCCAGCAAGCCCCAGGAGAUGCACGCCGAAACACUCACAAGGGCCCCCUUCGCGCAUUAAGCAUCUUCAAUGAUAUCAAUCACCUCAUGGUAUACCUGGGGCGAAUAUUAUAUUUGCCCGCCGACAUACCUCCCGUGGGUAGGAACGAGCUAUCAGUCGUUAUACAAGCUGGACACAGAGGUUGUGUGGAAAAAUACCCACAUAACUAUAGUUCAGCGCAAGCCACUCCUCCUGUUCUGACGCUGCAUCUCGUCUACGACUUCGUGAUGUUGACCCUCCUCCGGCGAAAUAAAACGAUUGAUAUGAGUGGGAAACGCUUGAUGGAGACGUAUUUGCAAUCCACCAUUCGACUACUAGAACUAUACCUGGAAAUGGAUGGGUCGUCAAACACAUCCCCGCUCCUCAUUUGCUUCGCCUCACAGUGCCGGCAGUGCUUGCAUAUCAUAUUCCCCGAACCCGAGAGUCGGGAGAGACGAACGUUCGAGAACCAUCUUGCUCCCUAUCUUCCAAAGCCGAAGACAACAAAUUUUGAAAACUUGCUGUCUACCCAACAAUCAAUAAGCGACAAUCCAAUUCCUGAGUGUCCAACACUCGGAACCCAUGAUACCCCACCAAAUCUUCCUCUUGAAGGUCUUGUGCAGCCGUCCGCCCUUGAGAUCCCGAACAUACAACUUGAAGCGCCCGCCCCUCCUCUUCCCGUCAAUAUCACUCACCCUCCUCUUACUUCUACUGGCGAACCAGCUGGUGGGUACCCAGAAGGAGACGGAUUUGACGCAUUAUUUGAAGAAAUGGUCACCUCAAUUCCAGCAAACAGACAGGAACCGAUUUUUGCCCAAAAUCUGGGAUUCUGUGCUGGAGAUCUGGAUAGGGACUUUUUGGAACAACUUCAACGCCCGCCGGACGGUUAAGAUAAGAAAGUGAAAAAUACGAAUGCGCGUG